AUGAGUAAACAUUCCUUUCUUACCCUUCUUUUCUUUUCCCUUUAUUUCAUUAUUUCUUUUUCCCAUGCACUAAACAAUGGUUUUAGUGUUGAGCUUAUCCACCGUGACUCUCCAAAAUCACCUCUAUACCAACCAACACAAAACAAAUACCAACAUCUUGUCAAUUCUGCACGUCGUUCCAUCAAUCGAGCCAAUCAUUUCUAUAAAAAUUCCCUCACUAAUACACCUCAAUCAGAUGUAAUCCAUGAAAGCGGUGAGUAUUUGAUGACUUAUUCAGUUGGUACUCCACCGUUCAAUAUAUAUGGUAUUAUUGAUACAGGUAGUGACAUUGUUUGGCUUCAAUGCGAGCCUUGUGAACAAUGUUACAAUCAAACCACUCCUAUAUUUAAUCCUUCAAAAUCGUCAAGUUACAAAAAUAUUCCUUGCUCUUCUGACUUAUGCCAAUCUGUGAGAAGCAGCUCUGGAGAUCUUAGUAUUGAGACUCUUACAUUGGAUUCCACGACGGGUCAUUCUGUUGCAUUUCCCAAAACUACUAUAGGAUGUGGACACCAAGGGACGUUUCACGGAGCAGCCUCUGGUAUAGUUGGUCUAGGACUUGGAGCAGCGUCUCCUACAACACAACUGAAGUCUUCAAUUGGUGGUAAAUUCUCUUAUUGUUUGCUGCCAUAUUCAGAUGAGUCAAACAGGACGAGCAAACUCAAUUUUGGAGAAGCCGCUGUUGUUUCUGGUGAUGGUGUUUCGUCGACUCCUUUAGUAAAAAAGGACCCUCCAAUUUUUUACUAUUUGACAUUGGAAGCAUUUAGUGUGGAAAACGAUAGAGUAUUAUUUUCAGAGGGUAGUGGUGAUGAGGGUAACAUCAUAAUUGAUUCAGGUACAACAUUGACGCUUUUACCCGAUUAUGUUUAUACAAAUUUGGAAUCAGCUGUGGUAGAAAAAGUGAAACUAGACCGUGUUGAUGAUCCUAAUCAAAUAUUCAGCCUUUGUUAUAGCAUCACAUCAGAUGAUUAUGAUUUUCCUCUAAUCAAAGCACAUUUUAAAGGCGCAGAUGUGCAAUUGCAUUCUACUAGUACCUUUGUUAAAGUAGCUGAUGGCAUUGUUUGCUUUGCUUUUCAGUCAUCUGAAAUUGGUCCAAUCUUUGGGAACUUAGCUCAACAGAAUUUGUUGGUUGGUUAUGAUAUUCAACAAAAUAUCGUGUCGUUUAAGGCUACAGAUUGUACCAAGCUGUAA